UCUGUUUCAUUGAUUGUUUAAAAAGUUAAUUUUUGUAAAAUGAUGGCAGAUUUUUUAACAAUGGGUAACGCUUGUGGGCAAAAUUUGCUCCGGCUUGUUGCCAGAGGAAAUGCUAUUAUAGCAGAACUAAUGCGAUUAAAAGAUUAUAUUCCUCCAGUUUAUAGAUUGGAUUCAAAACAUUAUGUACAAAAAUAUAGUGCAAUAAUAACAGAUUUUGUUUAUUUUAAAGCAGCAAAUUCUUAUGAACAAAAGAUUGAAAAUGACGCUGUGCUUCAAGAAUUAGAUGAAAAACUACGUGAUAAUUAUUCUGAAAUAUUAUCAAGAUUUUACUUAGGAUUCGAAAGUAUUCAUAAAUAUGUAACAGAUCUUAACAGUUAUAUUGAUGAGUUGGAAGAUGAAACUUAUAUUCAACAAUCUACGGAAUCACUAAUGCUAAAUGAAGAAGGAAAACAAUUAAUUUGUGAAGCUAUUUAUCUUUAUGGCAUCAUGUUAUUAAUUGCUGAUUGUUACUUUGAUGGUCGAAUUCGAGAACGUUUAUUAGUAUCUUAUUAUAGAUACAAUGCACAAAGAGCAUCUUCUACAAGAGUAGAUGAUGUAUGUAUGUUACUUCGAUCUACUGGAUUUAUUAAAGGAUCGUUUAAACGACCUCAAAAUUAUCCUGAAGCAUAUUUUCAGAGAGUACCGAUUAAUGAAUCACUGAUUGAUCUUGCUAUAGCUCGCCUACGUACUGAUGAAAUUUAUAAUCAGACUAAUGCAUUCCCACAUCCUGACCAUAGAAGUAUAGCAUUAGCAAAUCAAGCAUCUAUGUUAGUUAUAAUUUUAUCGUUUAGCCCAUCAAUAUUGCAUACGCAGUCAGCAGUAAUGAGGGAAGUUGUAGAUAGAUUUUUUCCCGAUUCUUGGGUCAUAAGUGUAUAUAUGGGUAUAGUCAUUGAUUUAUGGGAUUGGUGGAGUCCAUAUAAAGCUGCCAAAACUGCUUUAAAUAAUACUUUAGAAAAUGCAAACAUUAAAAGAAUCGCUCAAAAAUAUGGUCAACAAAUGGAAAAAAAUCUUAAGAAAACUAAAGAAAUACAAAUGUCUUUAUCUUUGGAUGAAAGCGCAAUAGGAUCAGUAAUAAAAUUUAUUAGAGAGUGCAAUGUUACGUUACAUUGGUUACUUUUACACACUGCUACUCCAACAAUUCUCACAGAAGACUUGAAGCGUUCGAGAAAUCUUAAACAAAUAGUACUACAGGAGAGUAAAUAUUCUGCAAAUGAUACAUUACGUUUAUUAUUAAGUACAGCACAAAUUGAAGAUAAUAUGAAACAACUAUACAAGCAGUUAUUACAAGAUAAGGAAAAUAAGUGGAUCAAAAAUAAAGAAAAAUGCAUACAACGCAUCAAUAAAUUAUCAGAUGCUUUUAAUGGAAAUAAACGAUUGGAUGAUAUAGAAGAAAAUGAAACGCUUGAAGCUUGGUUUAAAGAAAUUAGUAAACAUAUUGAAUCAUUAAUUGAAGAUGAUGGGAAAAAAAUUAUGCAGUUAUUACAAGCUUUAGAAGAAGUACAAGAAUUCCAUCAAUUAGAAAGCAAUUUGCAAAUAUCACAGCACUUAAAAGAAACACGACAAAUUUUGCACGAUAUGUUAAGAUCAAGUUCAAUGACCGAAGAUACAAUGAUUGCAUUAAAUAUUGUCACGGAUUGUUGUUAUGCUUGGAACAUAAUGGAGACUUUUGUUCCAACAAUGCAAGAUCUUAUAAAACAAAAUCCUGCCACAGUAAUUCAGCUAAAAGCUUUAUUUUUAAAAAUGGCUUCAGCUCUGGAAAUGCCUCUAUUACGAAUUAAUCAAGCUCGGAGUGCAGACUUAGCUUCUGUAUCGCAAUAUUACAGUAGAGAAUUAGAAAGUUACGCUAGACGCGUUUUACAAAUAAUUCCUGAAUCAGUUUUUGCGAUACUGGCUGAUAUUGUUUAUCUUGAAACAAACAUUUUUAAUGAAAUACCAACUAAAUUAUACAAAGAUAAAAUUAAAGAUUAUGCACAGUUGAACGAGAGACUAAAAAUGGCAGAAUUAACUUAUUCAGUUUCUGUUGUUACAAAUGGUAUGUUAUCUUUAAGAAGCGUUUCAUUAGGAAUUUUACGCGUUGAUUCCCAUAGACUUUUAGAAGAUGGAAUUCGACAGGAACUUGUAAAGAAAGUAACUCUGGCUUUACAUAAUAGUCUCAUUUUUGACGGAAAAUCUAAGAGUAUGCUAAUGAACAAAUUACAAGAACUAUCAAUAGUUAUGGACGGAUAUAGAAAAUCCUUUCAAUAUAUUCAAGAUUAUAUAAAUAUCAAUAGUUUAAAAGUCUGGCACGAAGAAAUUACGUAUAUAAUAAAUAACGCUGUUGAAGAAGAAUGCAGAGGAUCUUCAUGGACACCAGGAAAAAUGUGGACGUAUUUACCUGAGGACAAAAUAAACGCUCAUUUAGCUCCAACAGAUUCAAAUUCUCUAACAUUUAUGGGACGACUUGCUAGAGAAAUAAUGCGUAUAACAGAUCCUAAAACAACCAUUUAUAUAGAACAUGCACUGGCUUGGUUCGAUCUAAAAACUCAAACUGAAGUUUUAACUCACAAAGCAUUCACAAUGAUUUUACAAGCAAUAGGUGUCCCUGGACUCUCAGGAUUGGACAAAAUGAUAUCUCAUUUAGUUGCGGUUGAAAUGGAAAAAAUUACUAAAUUUAUCGAUAAAGGCAUUAAGAAUAAAAGCUGGGCAGUUGCUCUAAAAGAAUGCGAAACUUUAUUUCAAAAUGGAGAAAAUUUAAAACACAAUAGAGGAAAGUUUUUAACAACUGUUAAUACCUUAGUUAAUAAAGCUUGGUCGUCACUGUUGGAUUCAGUAUUGAAAGUUGGUCAUCUACAAAUUUUAAAGCAAAAAAUAGCUUAUGAACUUAAUACUGCUUGUAAAUUUGAAGCAAAGCAUAUGGAAUCCGCCCUUCGAACAUUAAAUAAUGCCAUUCUUUUUGAAAUUCAAGAAAGGAAAGUGGAAUGGGAAAAUUCAGAGUUCUUAAAUGAUUUACGAAUUAGAUUAGAAUGGGCCGGUAUUACGGAUGUAAAUAACAAAAUUUAUGUACAACCGCCAGAUAUUAAAAAUAUAGAUUUUGUGAUAUUUCUUUUUUCCGUGCCGCAACUUCAUAAAUUGUACUUUUGUAAAAAUACUGCUAGUCUAUUAAGUAAAAAAAUUCAAGAUCCAAUAGAUGCUGUUAUAUUUAUCUUGGGUGUUCAGUCAGUACUGAAGCAGUUUGGUAUAUUGCAGUUAAAUGAAUAUGUCACGCAUAUUACCGAAUACGUCUUAUCAUUCGUGAUAUCAGACAGUACAAAAAUGAGCAAUGAAUUUGAAAUGGAGAUAAUAACUGGGGUGCACUUUUUAGAACUGUUUAUAAAGUAUGCUGGUAUUCCAAAAACCGUUAUCACAAACACCAUUCCUCUUAUGGUGUUGGAUCAGUACCAAGCUAAAGUAAUUAAAUAAGAAAAAUAUUCGUACACGAUAUAGGCAAUUUAUUAACACAGCUGUAAAUAAUAUCAAAAUAAACAAUAUUAAACAAUAAAUAUUUUUAGGGUCCAU